AUGAUGAAUCGCUCUCUUCUUCGCGCGGCGACGCGCUCGCUCCAGGCUAGUCGUCCCGUCGCUGGUCGUCGGUAUGCUUCCUCGGCGGUGUUUAACUGGGAGGACCCCCUCGCUGCGGAGGAGCUGUAUACGGCAGAGGAGUUGGCUAUUCAAGAUACUGCGCGACAGUAUUGUCAGGAACGAUUGAUGCCUCGUAUUCUGGAGGCCUACCGUAACGAAGACUACGACCGCAAGAUUUUGGAGGAGAUGGGCGAGCUCGGCCUUCUGGGUGCCUCAAUUGAGGGAUACGAGUGUGCUGGCGUCAGCACCGUGGCCUCGGGCCUGAUUACCAAGGAGGUUGAGCGCGUGGACUCCGGAUACCGUUCAGGCAUGUCGGUGCAGAGCUCAUUGGCGAUGACGGGUAUCUACGAAUUCGGUACAGAAGAGCAGAAGCAACGAUUCCUCCCCGGUCUGGCCAAGGGCAAGCUGUCCGGUUGUUUCGGUCUGACCGAGCCAAAUCAUGGCUCCGACCCUGGCUCCAUGGAAACCGUGGCCCGCGAGCACCCGACACAGAGGGGCACAUACCUGUUGACCGGCAGCAAGACGUGGAUCACCAACUCGCCCAUCGCAGACCUGGCAUUGGUUUGGGCCAAGCUGGAGACGACGGGCAAGAUCAAGGGAUUCAUCGUUGAGCGCUCGCGCUGCCCGCCUGGUACCUUCGAGACCCCCGCUAUUAAGAAUAAGAGCGCCUUGCGUGCGUCCAUCACCGGUAUGAUUCACAUGGACAACUGCCCCGUUCCGGCGGAGAAUAUGUUCCCCGAUGUCGAGGGUCUGACGGGCCCGUUCACUUGCCUGAACAGCGCUCGUUUGGGAAUUGCUUUUGGUAGCAUGGGUGCCCUGGAGGACUGUCUUGCCCGUGCUCGGGAGUACAGUCUCGAGCGCAAGCAGUUCAAGGGUAACCCGCUGGCUAAGUAUCAGCUUGUUCAGAAGAAGCUGGCUGAUGCGGCGACGGAUGCUGCUUAUGGCACGUUGGCUGCGGUUCAAGUCGCUCGUCUCAAGGAUGCUGGCAAGGCUACGCCGGAGAUGAUUUCUAUGAUUAAGCGCCAGAACUGCGACCGGGCUUUGGCCAACUCAAGAAUUCUCCAAGAAAUCUUUGGUGGUAAUGCUGCUAGCGACGAGUACCACAUUGGUCGCCAUGUGGCCAAUCUGUUUGUGGUGCAGACCUACGAGGGUCAGAGCGAUAUUCACGCGUUGAUCCUAGGCCGGGCCAUUACCGGCAAGCAGGCCUUUGUUUGA